GUCCCGGGGAACUGCGUCAGGCUGAAUCCUGUGCUUGGGGCCGCCACACCACAGCCGCCGUCCUCAGCACAGACCGCAGCCUGAUGCACCGCUGCACACACCCGGCUGACAAGCGUUUCUCUUCACGCUUCUUGGGAACCCUGAACGCCCCGCCUACUUGUAAAGACUGACAAGUCGUCAAGCCAAUCACUGCUCUAUGACCCAGAGGGGCGUGUAAUCGCUAUCAAGCUGGGCGGGGCAUAUGGGGGAGUGAGUGGUCGCCCUUGCGCACUUCCCGCGAGGUUUGGUUUCUGGGCGGGCUCGGCCGGAAGUGGCUGCCAGUAGUCGGUGUUCGUGUCCUCCCAUCAUAUAGUGAGAAGCGGUCGCAGCGGAGCGGGGCGGAGAUCUCAGUCUCCUUCCCCGGCAACAUGAGCUUUCUCUUCGGUAGUCGAUCUUCAAAAACAUUCAAACCCAAGAAGAACAUCCCGGAAGGAUCGCAUCAGUACGAGCUCCUGAAACAUGCAGAGGCCACGCUCGGCAGCGGUAACCUGCGGCAGGCGGUCAUGUUACCGGAGGGAGAGGAUCUCAAUGAGUGGAUUGCUGUGAACACUGUGGAUUUCUUCAACCAGAUUAACAUGCUGUAUGGAACAAUCACCGAGUUCUGCACGGAGAGCAGCUGCUCAGUGAUGUCUGCGGGGCCCAGGUACGAAUAUCACUGGGCAGAUGGCACAAACAUUAAGAAGCCCAUCAAGUGUUCUGCUCCCAAGUAUAUUGAUUACCUGAUGACCUGGGUUCAAGACCAGCUGGAUGAUGAGACGCUGUUCCCCUCCAAGAUAGGUGUCCCUUUCCCCAAGAACUUCAUGUCGGUGGCAAAGACCAUACUGAAGCGGCUGUUCCGGGUGUACGCCCACAUCUAUCACCAGCACUUUGACUCUGUUAUGCAGCUACAGGAAGAAGCACAUCUCAACACUUCAUUCAAACAUUUCAUCUUCUUUGUACAGGAGUUUAACCUGAUUGACCGCCGAGAGCUGGCCCCCCUUCAAGAACUCAUUGAGAAACUGGGAUCCAAAGACAGAUAAGCCGGGAGGAGGGCGUCCCUCCUGCGAGCUCCGGUCUCCUCUCACGGCUCAUACCAGCGGCAAGCCUUUGUCAUAUAACCAUUCUCUACCUGAAGGACUCCGAGUACAACUGCAUUCCCAGAGGAGGCGCCACUGGAAGUCGUCUUUUACAUAGAGAUUGCCUUGUGUUAUUUUUGUAUGAACUUUUAUAGAGAUGCUUUAAAGGAACACUCCACUAGAUGUGCAUUCAGACACUUGAGUCGUCUUCACGUCUGCAGGUUUUCUGCUAGGGGCUGAGAAAAUCUCAAUCUCCACUAUUUUUUUUAUUUUUAUUUUUUGUCUGUUGCAAGUCAACCAAUGGACAUGGCCUUUCUAUAUACCACUGUACUCACCUCUGCGUUAUUCUCCUGCUCUAUGUACAGUUUAUAUUCAUGUACAACAAACUUUAUUUUUUAAUGUUUUUUUUGUGUUAUUGAUAGAAAAUGCUUUUAUGUAGAUCCUGUUCUGCAGUAGAACCAGUAGAACGGAGUGGGGGCAGGUAAACCAGACAUGGGCAUUGAGGGCCCAGUGGAAGAACAUUGGGGGUUUACUUUUUUUUUUUUUUUUUUGCUCUUCCACUUCAGUCUUUUUACAUAACUUUUUUUUUUUAUUUUAUUUUUUUUAUAUGCUUUAGAUGUGAUGAACAGAUGGAUUGAAUACAAGUCUAAUAUUCCAAUUUUUGGAAGACGUUCACCUUCCUGCAAUGAAUAUCUAUUUUUUUAAAUUUACUAUGAUAAAGAUAAUGAGAGCUUUGGUUCUCUGGGGUGAAGUGGACUUAUCUGUUUUAUCAAAUAAAAGUACGAUCAAUGCAACGAG